AUGGCUCAUAAGCAGCAGUUGUUGCAUGAGCUACUGAAUGAAGAACAGGAACCAUUUCACUUAAAUACCUACAUUGCAGACAGGCGAUCUCAGCUCACAAAAACCAGUCCUAGAAGCACUUUACAGAUCAAGAAACGAAAGCCCAUAAUUGAUACUUCACCUACAAAUGUAAAGCGCAGUAGUCUCUGCAAGAAUGCAUGCAUUUUCUCGUUCCAAAACUCGCCGGACUGCAGAAAAUCACCCUUUCAGAGCCCAUGUAAAUCACCAAAUCGUGCUGUUUUUCUUCAUAUUCCUGCUAAAACUGCUGCACUUCUUGUUGAAGCGGCAAUGAGAAUUCAGACAAAGCAGUCAAAAAGGAAAACCCAGAUUAAAAAUGUCAGGUUUGGGUUGUUUGGGUCCAUUUUCAAGAGGCUGAAAGAUCGUACCAACAACAAAAGACGCGUGCUUGGUGUCUGUGACAAUGAGGUCAAAGUUUCAAGAAAUUCUGAGCCAAAAAUUGACGAAAAGACGGACAUGGAUAUUAGAAUUUCGUCUUCUUGUGAUACUUGGUCAUCGAGUAAUGAGGAGAAGUUUUUGGAUUUGGAGACCUCCACUAGCAGCUGUUCUGAAGGGAGUGCCAAUGGCUAUUCUGCUUCUUGUGAAACUCGUUUCUGCUCAAGCCCUUUCAGAUUUUCUCUACAGAAAAGCCCAGCAUCCUCCGGUCGUCGGGUGCCGGAGUUCUCUUCGCCGGCAGCUUCUCCUAGCCGCCACAAAAAAGGGGAGAAAGCAAAUUGUGGAACGAAAAGUUCCGAAGAAGUAAGAAGAGAAGAAGAGAAAGACAAAGAUCAGUUUAGUCCAGUAUCUGUGUUGGAUCCUCCCUUCGAAGAGGACGACGGACAAGAAAGUGCGGAUGUAGACAAGGACAGUUAUGAUCUUGAAUGCAGCUACGCAAAUGUACAAAGAGCAAAACAGCAGCUGUUGUACAGACUUUGUAGAUUUGAAAAACUUGCAGAGUUGGAUCCAAUAGAACUCGAGAGAAAUUUGCUAGAAGGAUCAGACGAUGAUGACCAGGAAGAAAGAGAGGAAUACGAAGAUGAUGAACCAAUUGCAAUGUACGUAGAGCAUAGUGUUGACACAUUUGCACUCGAAGUCAUUAGCAAAUCAAACCUUCAGAAAACGAGGAAGAUUUCUGCUGAUAUGAAGAGGCUAGUCUCGGAUCUAAUUAUCGAGCAUAAGACCGAAACGAAUAGCUUGAACAAUAACGAAGUAGUAUUUGACACUGUAGAUAUGAUGAUCGAAUCGGCUUUCAAACAAGAAUCGGACAGAUGGACAAAAUUUCAGGAGCAGGACGAAGAGACUGCAGCAGAAAUUGAGGUUGGCAUAUUUGGGCUAUUGGUGGAGGAGUUAUCAGAGGAGCUAUGUUAUUAA